AUGCCAAGGGGCCGAGAAAAGAGAGGUUUAAGAGAUGGAGAUGUCAGGAUCUCAUCGGGCGCCUGUGCCGGCAACACCGCGACCAAUCGUCAGGAAUGGUGCGACUACGACAUCAACACCGACUACACUACCACCGUUCCAGAUACCGGCGUCACCAGAGAAUACUGGUUCGACCUGCAGCAUGUCACCGUGGCCCCUGACGGACGCUCUCGAUUUGCCCUCGCCAUCAACGGCUCCAUUCCCGGACCAACCAUAAUCGCCGACUGGGGCGACACGGUGGUCGUGCACGUCACAAACAGUCUCCCAGACACGGUCAAAAACGGCACCAGCAUCCAUUUUCACGGCAUCAGACAAUACUACACCAACCAGAACGACGGGGUUGUGUCCAUCACGCAAUGUCCCACUGCCCCCAACAGCACGAUUACCUAUCGUUGGAGGGCCAUGCAGUACGGUACCACCUGGUACCAUUCACAUAUUGGGCUGCAGGCAUGGGAGGGCUUGUUCGGUGGGAUCAUCAUUAAUGGUCCUGCUAGCUCGAACUAUGAUGAGGAUAAGGGUGUUCUGGUGCUCAAUGAUUGGGACAUUAACACCGUUGAUGAGCUUUAUAUCUCCGCGCAGACAGACGGCCCGCCGACUCUGGACACGGCGUUGAUUAACGGCACGAAUGUCUUCGGGUACGAUGGCAAUGUCAACCAGACGGGGCAUCGAUUCAAUACUUCCUUCACGGAGGGAACCUCCUACCGUCUGAGACUGAUCAACGCUGCCUGUGACACGCACUUCAAGUUCAUGAUCGACAACCACACGUUGACAGUCAUCUCCAACGACCUGGUCCCUAUCAAACCGUACAACACAUCCGUGCUCAACAUAGCAAUGGGUCAACGCUACGACGUAAUCGUCCACGCCGACAAAUCCUCCCUCGCGAAGAACUUCUGGCUGCGCGCCAUCCCCCAAGAAGCCUGCUCCGAGAACUUAAACCCCAAAAACAUCAAAGGAGUCGUAUACUACGGCGACUCACCCUCCACGCCCAGCACAACGGGCUACUCGUACUCGGACAGCUGCGACGACGAAUCUAUGUCCUCACUCAUCCCCAUCGUGAACCCCUACACCGUAUCCCCCGACCCAUUCUACAACAAAUCCGAACCCGUCUCGCUCGGCAAGAACUCGCAAAGCCUGUACCGCUGGAAACUCAACAGCACAUCCAUGCACGUGGACUGGGCCGACCCGACGCUGCUCGAAAUCCACCGGGGCCAUCACACAUUCGCGAACACCAGCGGGGUGGUGCAGCUGCCUCGCAAGGAUGAGUGGGUCUAUGUGGUGAUCGAGACGACGCUGUCGGUGCCUCACCCGAUCCAUCUGCAUGGGCACGACUUUGCGGUGUUGGCGCAGGGCAGCGGCACGUAUAAUGGGUCUGUGACGACGACGAACCCGCCGAGACGUGAUACGGCGAUGUUGCCUGCGACGGGCCAUCUGGUCAUUGGGUUCCAGACGGAUAAUCCGGGGGCGUGGCUGAUGCAUUGUCAUAUUGGGUGGCAUACGGAGGAGGGGUUUGCGAUCCAGUUCAUCGAGAGGUAUGAUGAGGCCAGGAAAUUGAUUGAUUAUCAGUCGCUGAAGGAGAAUUGUGAUGCAUGGGAGGACUAUCAGGAUGUUUAUGCGGCGGAGGAGGAUGAUUCCGGUGUAUAG